AUGGAAUGGGAUGAUGACGAUAACGAAUCAAAUGAAAAUGCUGAGUCGUCCAGCAAUGCAACAGACAAAUCUGAAACAUCUAAAGUUCCUCUCAGAAAGAGUUUCAUCCCUCAUAAAAAGCGUGUAGUCCUUCAGGAACUUGAGCCAAUAUCAGAAAAUAACAUUUUAGAAGACUGUUCGGAUUAUUUAUCAAAAAGUAUUAACUUUAAUGUAAGGCAAAGGCAGAAAAACAUGAAUAAUCCCCACGGUGCUUUCAAAAGUGCUGAUUCUGGUAUAAGUGAGGCAGCCCAACCCCAGCCUGAAACUCCUCCCGCUGUACUGAGGCAACGGAUUCAAGAAUCUCAAGCAAUGCGAGAGUAUUUAGAAAGAGAACUAAAUGAGCUAAAAGAUUUUACAACCAGUGAAAAACAAGUGUUAGCUGCUGAAAAGGGGAUUGAGGAACUCAGAAGCAGUCUUGAUGAAGCAAAUAAUAAAUUGGAGAUUAGUUACAAAGAAAAGGACUUGAUUUGCAAAGAAUUGGAAGAAAUAAAAAGAAAAUAUGUCGAUGAACAAACAGAAAAGCAAAUUUUGGAAACAAAAUGGAAGCAUAGGGAAGAUGAUUUAAAAAGGAGUUUAGAGGAAGCUUGGAGCCUACUGCGAAUAAAAGAAGAUCGUAUAACAAAAAUGAAUGAAAAAAUUUCCUUCUUAUAUUCUGAAAGGGAAAAAGUGAAAGAUUUGAAUUUCACACUUGGAGGCCAAUUAAUACCCACUGCAGAUGAAUAUAACAUUCAAACUGUCGAACAAAAUAUCUCUGAACUUUUUGAACUAUGUCACGAUUCACUUGAUAAUGGAAGAACAUUAAAUAACAUCUAUGGAGUAGACUGUAAAGGAGAUAAUGUUCAAAAUAAUGGAUCAUCUCAAAUCAAUACAUUACAAGAAGAAUUAGCCAAAUACAAACAUAGUAUAGAAAUGCAUAAAAAACUUGUCGAAGAUUUGAAUAAAAAUUUGGCUGACAAAAAUCUCUUGAUUUCUACUUAUGAAAACAAUUUAUCUGAACUUGAAAAUUAUCUUUCCGAUUGUCUUUCUAAUGAUUUGAUUUGUUUGGAUGAGAAAGAUAAUCAAACAAACAAAACAUCAUUUGAGAAGAUCAAAUGUAACAUUAACUUUUUCUUAUCUCAAAUAGAAAAAGAUAAUAAUUUGACAGAAAAGUUACUGAAAGAAGACAGGGAUAAUAUUAAUUUAGAAUCAAAAGAGGGUGAGGAUAUUGGUUUUGCUUCCCCAUGCAAACCUCAUGGAGUUAACAUUGACGUCGAAAAUGAAAAAAAUAAAAUAAUGGUUUGCCAGCAUUCUCAAACAGUUAUUGAUUAUGCUACAAUUAAUAGCAAUGAAGAACAGUUAAUAUUAUUUAAAAAUAAAAUCCAAGAGUAUGAGCAAAAAAGGCAAAACCCUGAAAUGGAAGAAGUGGUUAUAGAAAAGAAUGUGAUGCACAACAAAAUUGUUAAGUAUGAAGAAGAAAUUAAAAAUAAUGAUGUUGAACUAAAUAUUUUAAGAACUAAACUUGCAGAAUAUGAAAAAGUAAUUACAAAACCUUUAAUUGUUGAGAGUUCUUCUCAAACGAUUGAUUUAGACUUAGUUGAUAACAAUAAAGAGGUUUUAGAAAUACAAAGUGAAAUCUUAGUUAAUGAGGAAAAAAUAAAAAAAUAUGAAGAAGAAAUAAACUUUCUACAAAGUAAUGCUGUUGCUCACGAAGAAUUAAUUAAGCAUAAAAAUGAAGAAAUCAACAUUUUAUGUAGUAAUAUAUCAGAGUAUGAGGGGAAAAUAAAUGAAUUAAAAAAUAAUGUUUCAUGUUUUGAGGAAAAAAUGAAGCAAAAAGAUGAAGAAUUAAGCAUAAUACGAAACAGUAUUGUAGAUCUUGAAGAAACAAUAAAGAGUAAAAUAGAAGAAAUAAAUAUCUUACACAUCAAAGUUUCUGGGUAUGAAGAAGAAGUAACUAUACUACGAAAAGAAAUUACAAAGUAUGAAGAAAAGCAAAUAAAUAACAAGGAAGAAGUACACAUGUUGCAAACAAAAGUCACUGCAUACAAUGAAAAAAUAGAAAAAUAUGAAGAAGAAAUAAAGAGGCUGCAAAGUAAUGUUGGUCAUGAAGAAAUAAUAAGUCAUAAUAAAGAAGAAAUUAAAAUUUUAAAAAGUAAAAUAUCUGAUUAUGAAGAAAAAAUCGAACAAAAAGAGGAAGAAAUAAGCAUGUUAGGAAAACGUUUGACAAGUCUUGAAGAAACAAUUCAAAAUAAAAUAGAAGAAAUAACUGCAUUAUACAAUGAAGUGUCAAUUUAUAAAGAUAAAAUCCAAAAUAAUGAAGAAGAAAUGAAAUUGAUCUUGAAUAAAAUCUCCAGUUAUGAAGAACAAAUAAAUUUUAAGCAAGAUGAAAUAAGUAGUUUAAAAAAUGAAGUUUCGAAGUAUGAAGAAAUACAGACAAAUAAACAGGAAGAAUUGCACAGGUUACAAACUAUAGUCUCAGCUAGUGAGGAAAAAAUAAAGAAUAGUGAAGAAGAAGUUAAUUCCUUAAAGAAUGAGAUUUUGGAUUAUAAAGAAAAAUUCAUUAAUGAAGAAGAAAAGUUAAACAUUCUUCAUAAUAAAAUAUCGGAAUAUGAAGAAAAAAUCCAGUUUCAUGAUGAUGAAAUAAGUGCAUUUAAGAACAGCGUUUCAAGUUAUGAGGAAAAAAUAAAACAAAAAGAGGAAGAAUUAAACAUUCUUGGAAAAAAUGCUUUAGGUCUUGAAGAAACAAAUAAAAGUAAAAUAGAAGAAGUAAACGUUUUACGUAUUAAAAUUUCUGAAUAUGAAGAUAAAAUCCAAUGCGAUGAAGAAGAAAUAAAUGUCUUGAAAAAUGAGGUAUUAACUUAUGUAGACAAAAUACAAAAUAAUGAAAAAGAAAUGAACUUAAUGAUUAAUAAUGUUUCUAGUUGUGAAGAAAUAAGAAAGAAAUAUGAAGAAGAAAUAAUUUCUUUAAAGAAUGAAGUUUUUGACUAUGAAGAAAAAUCCAAAAGUAUGGAAGAACAAUUAAAUGUCCUACAAAAAGAAGCUGUUACUUAUGAUAAAAUAAUAAAUAGCAAGAAUGAAGAAAUAAAUGUUCUAAAUUCUAAAAUAUCAGAAUAUGAAGAAAAAAUCCAACACCAUGAAAAAGAAAUGAUCUUAAUAUUGAAUAAAGUCACUGACUGUGAAGAAAAAAUAAAUAAUUAUGAAGAAGAAAUCAAUUCUUUAAAGAAUAAAGUUUUCGAAUUUGAAGAAAAGUACAAAAAUAAGGAAGAAGAAAUUAUGUUGCUCCAAAGUAAUGUUGUUAGUAAUGAUGGCAUAAUAAAUAGUUAUAAAGAAGAAAUUAACAUUUUACACAAUAAAAUAUCAGAAUAUGAAGAACAAAUAGAACAUAAUGAAGAUGAAAUAAACAAAUUUAAAACCAAUGUUUCUGAUUAUGAAGAAAAAAUUAAACAAAAGGAGGAAGAAAUAAGCAUGUUAGGAAAAAGUUUUGCAAGUCUUGAAGAAACAGUUCAAAGUAAUAUUGAAGAAAUAAAUGUCUUACAUAACACAAUUUCUGUUUAUGAAGGAGAAGUUACUGCUUUACAAAAUGAAGUGUCGAUUUAUAAUGAUAAAAUUCAAAAUAAAGAUGAAGAAAUGAAUGUAAUGGUAAAUAAAGUCUCUGAUUAUGAAGAAAAAAUCAAAUUUAAACAAGAUGAAAUAAAUGCAUUACAAAAUGAAGUUUCAAGUUAUGAAGAAAAGCAAAUAAAUAAAGAAAAAGAAACACACAUGCUAAAAACUAAAGUCUCAGCAUAUGAGGAAAAACUAAAAAAAUAUGAAGAAGAAAUAAAGAUGCUGCAAAGUAAUGUUAGCAAUGAAGAAAUAAUAAACCGUAAUAUAGAAGAAAUAAGUGUUUUACAAUGUAAAAUCUCAAAUUAUGAGGAAAAAAUUUUGUGCAAUGAAGAAGAAAUAAAUACAUUAAAAAAUAAUGUUUCUGCUUAUGAAGAUAAAAUUAAACUAAAAGAGGAAGAAAUGAGUGUGUUAGAAAAAAGUGUUUACAGUCUUGAGGAAACAGUCAAAAGUAACAUACAAGAAAUAAACAUCUUACAAACUAAAGUUUCUGGCUAUGAGGAAGAAGUAACUUCAUUACAAAGUGAAGUGUCAAUGUAUAAAAAUAAAAUCCAAAAUAAUGAAGAAGAAAUAAACUUGAUGUUCAAUAAAGUCUCUGGCUAUGAAGAAAAAAUAAAAAGUUAUGAAGAAGAAAUAAAUACAUUAAAAAAUAAUGUUUCUGAAAAUGAAGAAAAUGUCAAACAAAAGGAGGAAGAAAUAAGUAUGUUAGGAAAAAGUGUUUACAGUCUUGAAGAAACAAUCAAAAGUAACUUACAAGAAAUAAACAUCUUACAAACUAAAGUUUUAGGCUAUGAGGAAGAAGUAACUUCAUUACAAAGUGAAGUGUCAAUGUAUAAAAAUAAAAUUCAAAAUAAUGAAGAAGAAAUGAACUUGAUGUUCAAUAAAGUCUCUGGCUAUGAAGAAAAAAUAAAAAGUUAUGACGAAGAAAUAAAUCUAUUAAGAAAUAAUGUUUCUGAAAAUGAAGAAAAUAUCAAACAAAAAGAGGAAGAAAUAAGUAUGUUAGGAAAAAGUGUUUCCAGUCUUGAAGAAACAAUCAAAAGUAACAUACAAGAAAUAAACAUCUUACAAACUAAAGUUUCUGGCUAUGAGGAAGAAGUAACUUCAUUACAAAGUGAAGUGUCAAUGUAUAAAAAUAAAAUUCAAAAUAAUGAAGAAGAAAUGAACUUGUUGUCAAAUAAAAUCUACAGCUUUGAAGAACAAAUAAAUUUUAAACAAGAUGAAAUAAGUGGUUUAAAAAAUAAAGUUUCAACAUAUGAAGAAAUGCAAAUAAAUAGCAAGGAAGAAAUACUUAUGUUACAAUCAAAAGUUAUAGCCUAUGAAGAAGAAAUAAAAAUGUUGCAAAGUAAUGUUGGUCAUGAAGAAAUAAUAAACCGCAAUAAAGAAGAAAUAAACAUUUUACAAAAUAAAAUCUCAGAUUAUGAAGAAAAAACCCAUUGCAAUCAAGAAGAAAUAAAUACAUUAAAAAGUAUUAUUUCAAGUUAUGAAGAAAAUAUUAAACAAAAAGAGGAAGAAAUAAAUAUGUUGGGGGAAAAUGUUGAAAGUCUUGAAGAAACGAUUAAAAGUAACUUAGAAGAAUUAAAUAUCUUACAAAACAAAAUUUCUGACUAUGAAGAAGAAAAAACUACUUUACAGAAUGAGGUGUCAAUUUAUAAAAAAAAAUUGCAAAGUAAUGAAGAAGAAAUAAACUUAAUGUUUAAAAAAAUCUCUGGCUAUGAAGAACAAAUAAAUACAUUACAAAAUAAUGUUUCAAGUUAUGAAGAAAAAAUUAAACAAAAAGAGGAAGAAUUAAACGUCGGAGAAAAAUGUGUUGCAGGUCUUGAAGAAACAAUUAAAAAUAAUAUAGAAGAAAUAAAUAUUUUAAAUACCCAAGUGUCUGGUUAUGAAGAAAAAAUAACUGAUUUUCAAAAUGAAGUGUCAAUUUAUAAAGAAAAAAUCCAAAAUAAUGAAGAAGAAAUGAACUUAAUGUUAAAUAAAGUUUCUGUCUAUGAAGACAAAAUCAAUGUAUUACAAAAUGAAGUUUCAAGAUAUGAAGAAAAGGAAUUAAAUAAUGAGGAAGUUAUACACCUGUUACAAAGUAAACUCUCAGUCUGCGAGGAAAAAAUAAAUAAUUAUGAAGAAGAAAUUAAUUUGUUAAAAAAUGAAGUUUUUGACUAUAAAGAAGAGUCUAAAAAUAAAGAACAAGAGACAAGCUGUAAUAUAAAAGAAAUAAACAUUUUACAUAGUAAAAUGUCAGAAUAUGAAGAAAAAAUACAAUUUUAUGAAGGAAAAAUGACACAAAAUGAUGAAAAACUAGACAUACUAGGAAAAAGUGUUACAGCUCUUGAAGAAACAAUUGAAAGUAACAUAGGAGAAAUAAAUAUCUUACACUCUGAAAUCUUAGGUUACAAAGAAGAGAUUUCAAAUAAUGAAGAAGAAAUAAAUGCAUUAAAAAAUAAUGUUUCUUGUUAUCAAGAAAAAAUUCAACAAAAAGAAGAAGAAAUAAACAUGUUAGGAAAAUGUGUUGCCGGUCUUGAAGAAACAAUUGAAAGUAACAUUAAACAAAUAAAUGUUUUAAAUACAAAAAUUUCUGGCUAUGAAGGAGAAAUAAAUGACUUGAAAAAUGAAGUAUCAAUUUAUAAAGAUAAAGAGGAAGAAAUGAACAUAUUUAGAACUAAUGUUUUAAUUCUUGAAGAAACCAUAAAAAGUGAUAAAGAAAAAAUUAUCAUUUUACAAAAUAAAGUAUUAGGCUACGAAGAAAAAAUUAAAAAUAAUGAAGAAGAAAUUUAUUUACUGCAGUGUAAAGUUUCGGAUUAUCAAGAAAAAACUAAUUUGAAAGAUGAAGAAUUAUGUAUAUUACAGAAUAAAGUUAAAUACUAUGAAGAACAAAUAAAAAAUAAAGAGGAAGAAAUAAGUUUCCUGAAAUCAAAAGUAUUAAGCUUAGAAACUAAUACUCUGGUGUAUGAACAAAAAAUAGAAGAUUUUAGGACAGAUACAGAUACAUUAAAAAACAAAGUUUUAUCUUAUGAGGAGACCAUCAAAAGUUAUGUCGAUGAAAUAAAUCUGUUAAAGAAUAAAAUUUCUAGUUAUGAGUUAGAGAUUUCAGAAAAAUUAUCACAUACCAAUGUAGUUUCAGAGAGUACAAAAAGUGUUGAUGGUCUUAACAAUACAAAUUGUAGCACUAUCUCAGGUAAUACCUCUGUUUCUUACUCACCCAAUGAUUCGGUUGAUGUUGAAUAUGACACGAAACGUUCCGCAGACAAUACUCUAAAUUUCACUACUUUGGAUUCUUCUUCACAACUUGAACAGUCCGUGUUUAUUUGGAAAUUACCUCAAACUGAUAACUCAAUUAAAGAAUAUGAUCCACUAGCAUCUGUUAGAGAACUAUCUUAUAAUAAUGAAGAAUUGGAAACUACUUUGACAGAACAGUUCAUCAAACCGUGUACAUUUGAAAAUCUUGAUUUAUUGCAAGAGAGUAACUUAAUAAAUUCAAAAAAUACAAAUUAUAACGAUAACGAAAACAUUAAAACAUUAAUUCGUCUUUUAAAUAAUGAAGGAGAAAUGCUAAAUGCCGAUUACAAUGAGAUAUCAAAACAGUUAUCGGCUCUCAGAGAAAUCUUGAAACCAAAAGAAGAUUAUGUUAUUUAUAGUCUUUGCCAGAUUAUUGAAAAUUUUCUUAAUAAAGAAUUUUCUAACAAUAAAGUUUGGAAUGAAAAAAUGUCAGUGGUGAAAGCAACUUUAUCGAAUUUGCAGAAUAUCAAAGACUCUUUUUUAAAACUAAAGAACAGUUUUUCUUCAUUAGAAACCAUUACUUCUCAAGAUUACAAGACUAUUAAUUCUCACUUUAAAAAUCUAUUUUUGUGCAACAGGGAAUUGUCAAGUGAAAACAUAUUGCUUAAGGAACAAUUGAAAGUUUCUUUACUAAGCGAAGAAAAGCUUUCUAAGAUAAAUGAAUUAUUAAGAAUUGAUUUAACUGAUGCUUUACAAACUGAGAAUGAUUUAAAAAUUAUGACAGAGUAUAAUCAAAAUUUGAAAGGUGAGUUGAAAGAAAAAUGCGAAAAAGAAAAUGAUAUUAUCUUGCUUAUAAAUAAAAUAGCAACACUGUUGAAUCCUAAUGUAUCAUGGCCUGCUGAUCAAAUUAUUACGAAGUUGGAACAAAUGUAUACCCUCUUGAUGGAAUCUGUUAGCCAAGUUGACUCUGAAGAUCUCUGUGACUUAGGAUUUUUAAAUUUUUUCGGAAAUUCUGUAAAACAAAGUAGUGUAUUAAAACAAAAAAUUGAUCCAGACAUUAAAAAUAUAAAAGGUGACUUCACAUCUUUAAAUGUUGAAGUCACACAUAAAUUCAAAAACUUGAAUGCUGAUUUGUCCUUGAUUUCUUGUAAGUUAUCUGAAUUGUAUGAAAAACAAGAACAAGAAUCUUCAGCCAAUAAUGUUCUGAGGGAUAAUAUGAAUAAUUUAGUUUUAGAGAACAGGGAAUUGAAAGAGGAGUUAAAUAAUUUGAGAAUUUUGAAUAAUGAUUUGAAUUCAAUGUCAAAAGAUUACAGUAUUUUAAUGGAUAAAUAUAAAAAUCUAAAUAAUAUUAUUCAAGAAAAAGAUAAUCUUCUGAGUGACCAAUUGAAAUUCCAAGAGCAAGUUUGUUUAUUUGUAGAUAAUCUGAAAGAUCUAUAUUUCAUGGAAGAUUUUCAAAAGUUUAAUAGCUCCUUUUCAUUUACUGAUAAAUCAAAGUAUCUUGAUUUCCUGGCAUGGCUUGAGAAUUUCUUGAAAGAAGUUGACAGUGUUCAUCAAUCUUUAAUUCAAAAUAUAAAAUCCUCGCAUCAUUUCAACUUAAAUGAAGCUGUCACAGAAUUGAUGAAAGAGAAAAAUAACAUGACUCAAGUUUAUAAUUCCUUGAAUUCAGAAUUUUGUAACAUUAAACAAUCAAUGAUAUUAUUCCCUGAAAGUAUUAGUAAUAUUAAAGAUGGUUUAAAUUCUAUCUCUUCAGAAGUUCAGAAAUCAAAGUAUUCUUUUAUUCAGGAUUUAGUUUCCAUUAGUAAAAAUAUGGAAACAUUGCUGUCUUCAUAUCAGCAAAGAGACAUCGAUUACGAUAAUUAUAAGUUUAAUAGCCAAAAAUCUUAUAAUGAAUUGAAUGAAAAGUAUUUAGAAUUACUUAAUUCGUACGAAAAUAUGGAAAGUGAAUUGAUAAGUUCCAAGACUAUGAUUCAGGAAUUUACUAAAGAAAAAGAUGCAUUGAUAAAGCAAACAACUGAUCUUGAUGUUAAAAGUAAUGAAUUAAAAUACCUUAUUUCUAGUUACGAAACAGAAAUAUUGGAUUAUAAAAAUGUAUGUAAUAGUCUUGAAAAGAAAAUCAUUGAUGUAGAAAGGGAAAAGGAAUCGAUAGAAGAAAAUUUUAAACGGUACGUCAACUUAGGAGAAUAUAAUAAUCUGAAAGAAGACAAGAGUAAGCUUACUGAAAUAAUACAGAAUUUAAAAAAUUUAAAUUGUACUAUAAAAGAGUCCUGUGGAGACCUUAUAUCUUUUGAUAUAAAGAACUUAGGGGAUGAUUUUGUCCAUUUAAAGAAUAUUAUACACAGUCUGUUGGAAGUAAGAAACAAAUAUACCACUCUCGAGUUAAAUUACACUCAGCUCAUGUCAGAAAGAAAUGAAUUGUUAAGUAAAGUAGAUUCACUUAAUAAUUUAGUUAAAGAAAGUGUAGAAACACAAAAAGCUAUGAAGGACGAAAUUCAAGUAUUAAUUGAAAAAAAUAGUGAAAAAACAGGUGAUUUAUAUUCUGAAAAAGUUAAAGAACUUUUGAUGUUAUUGGAUUAUGAGGAACCUACAAAAAUAGAUGACUUUGCCUGGACUUUCAUUGAAAAAAACAUUAGUAAAUAUAAAUUAAUGGUGAAUCUGAACACGAAAAAUGAUCAAUAUGACCUAGAAGAAAAAGUUUCAUAUCUUGAAUCUCAAUUAUGUGAUGCCCAAGACUUCAAGUCCAAAUUUUCAAAAGAACUCCACAUGCUAAAACCUGAUUUGGAUAUAUCUUAUUUGAUGAGCUUAUCUCUAGCCGAUUUACAAAAAACAAUGAUAAUAGCUAUCAUUGAAAAAGAGAAAGAUGUGAUCGGGGAUUACGAAAUGAAACUAGUCUCAAGCACAGAUAGGAUACAGCAACUUGAAGAACAACAAAAAAGAAGGGAGGAGUGGUUACAAGUAAUUGAAAAGGAAAAUGAACGGCUUAACAAUGAAUGUAAACAAAUUCAAGAUGAUAAUGAAACUUUGAAAGCCGAUUUAAAUUUGAAAAUCCGUAAGAUUAUUGAACUUGAGCAUCAAAUUACUCAGCAGAUAAACGGUGAACAAAUUAGAGAAUACAUAAAAGAAAGAGAAGAUUCCAAUAAUCAGUUAGAAACUGCUGCAAAUGAGAAAAAUACCCUUAGACUUUCUAUAGCUAGCUUAAAUGAUAAACUACAAAAUAAAAGUGUAGAGUGUGAAGAAGUAUACAACUCGUUGCAAAAGAAAGCUGAAGUCAUUUUCGGUUUAGAGAAAGUUUUAAGUAAAUGUAAAACAGAAAAUGCUAAUUUGGAAAAAGAAGUCCAACAUUUGCGAGAAUCUAUGGUACUAAAUCUCAAUAACUUUAAUGAUAAUAAACUAACAUUAGAGAGUGAUCUUGCCAAUUACAAAGUUCAAAUUGAAAAACUUCAUCAGUUGCUAAGCGAUACACAAAAAGAAAUAAAAACUGAAAACAAGUCAGUCUCCACUGAUUUAGAUGAAGAUGUAGAAAUAGAAAUGAAAAUCCAAGGUUCGUUAAGUAAUCAUCUUGAUAAAAUAGAAUCCUUGAAUCUGAAGAUUGACGAUUUGAAUUCUCAGUUAAAGCAACAGAAUAAUAAAUUUGAUGAAGAAUUUGAAAAUCAGGCUAAAUUCAUAGAAAGCUUAGAGAAAGAGUUGAAUAUGGCUAAUGAACUUAAUGCUGCAUUGAAGAAUAACGUGAUAUCGAUGCGUAAUCAAGAAGAAGAUUCCAACAUCGUUGAAGGAUUACAGUCAACAAUAACAUCAUUAAGGGAACUUAACAGCUCAUUAGAGAAUGAGAAGGCCUUACUUUUGAAGGAGAAAGAAGUAUUAGAGCAAUCAAGAAACAUGUAUGAAGAAAAAGAAUCUCUAGUAGAUAAUUUGAAAAAAGAAAUAGAAAGUGUUAAUAAUAAACUCAAUAAAGAAGAAAACGAAAAAAGAAUUAUGCAGGAAGAAAUUGAUAAUUUGCUUCUGAAUUUAGACUCAGUUAGUAAGGAUUUAACUUCGGCCCAAAAAACAAUUGAAGAUUUACUUAAAGAUAAUCUUGACUAUAAACGAAUAAAAGAAGAAGUUACUUCUCUUACUUUGGAGUUGGAACAUUGUAAAAUGGAAAUAAGUACAUUGGUCAAAGAAAAGGAAGCGAAGGAAAAUCAAUUAUCAGAAUGCUUCAUGAAUUUAAAUUUAGAAAAAGAAAUUAGUUGUUCUGUUAAAAGUGAAUUAGAAAAAACUCGUCAAGAGUUGAUAAAUUUAAAAACUGAAAAAGCACAUUUGAUUGAAGAACACUACAAGAAUUUACAGUCACAAAAAGAUUUAUGUUCUAAAUUAGAUGCGGAUCUUUUUAAAGUGAAAGAAGUUAAUGCUCUUCAGGAAAAUGAAUUGCUUCAUUUAAAGAACGAGCUUAAAGAAAAAGUGGCAUAUUUAGAGGAAAUUAGUUCAAAUAGUCAUUUGGAUAAAUCAUGUCCUUUCAAGAAAGAAGCUGAAGAUAUUAAAACUAAGCAUUGCGAUCUUAAUAAACAACUAGAGCAUGAACGCGAAACAUUCAAAUUAUGGAAAACCAAUUUAGAAGAAGAUCUACAUUGCAAGCUUCUUAAAAUUAGUGAUUUAGAACUGAAACUUAAAAAAGAAACGCAAUGCUACAAAGAUGCUUUAAUGGGUAAUUCUGAACUUCAUCAAAAACUGCAAGAAUCUCUAGAAAAAUUCAAAAGGUUGGAAGACAAAAUGGCCAUACAAAGAGAUGUUUUUAUUAAAGAGAAAAGUAAAUCUGAGAUGGAUUUGCAGAGCAAAGAUAAAAUGCUUAUUGAACUCGAAGAAAAAUUACUGUGUGUGAAAAACAAAUGUGAAGAAUUUUCUAAGGAUAUUUACAUGUUUUUAGAAGAACUCUCUGUUAUGUUGCAAGUAGAUGUUACAGAUUUUUCUUCAGCUCUUACUCUGAUAAAUAACUUAACAAUAGAAAAAGAUGUGCUGGUAAACGAAUUAAAGAAAAUGCAAGAAAAAGUCGAACCACUUGAGAAAGAAUUAAAAGAAGCUCAGGAAAAAGUAGAAUUCUGUGAGAAAGAAUUGAAAAAUUCACAGGAAAUGAUAAAACAGUUAGAGGAAGAAUUGAAGGAAACACAGGAAAAAGCAGAACAAUUAGAGGAAGAAUGCGAAGAACUCAACAAUGAUAUUAAAUACCAUGAAAAUGAAAUAGGAAAUUUGUAUAAAAAUGGAAAACUACAAGAGGAAAAGUGGAUGAAAGAAAAGCAAGAACUAGAAAAGGAGCUCUUACAAACACACCAACUUAAAGAAAAAAUUUCUUCUCAAGAGAAAGUUAUUCUUUCAUUACAAAUGAAAAUUGAAAACCAAGAUAAAAACCUUAUAAGUAUUAAUGCUGGGAAAAAGAUUCUUGAGUCUGAAAAAUUAGAAUUAGAAAGGAAGAUAACUGAUUUAGAAAAAAGCCUCCAGUCUUUAAAGAAUCAAGAAAUAAGUUACUUGGAUGGAAUCAAACGAGAGAUGAAUCAUUUAAAAUUAGAACUAUUCAACAAAAAUAAGGCUAUUUCAAAAUUAGAAAUGAGAUUGGAAAGUGACACUCUUCCUUUUCAGAAGAAAGCUGAGUUGGCUGAAAUAAAGGUGGAGGAACUGACUAAAGAACUGCGAAUAUUGAAACAAUCACAAUCCCUUAAGCAAAUGUCUUCAGUUUUAACAAGUCCAAUGGCUGGACUAGAAAUGUCUUCACCUCAAAAAAAUAAAGAUAAAAUUAUACAAAGAUUAGAACAAGAAGUGAAACAAUUGAUAACAGAGAAGAGUGCUCUCAAGCUUCUUGCUCAAAAUCGAAGAGCUCAAAUCAAUGAAUUAAGGCAACAACUUGGGAAA